CUUAAUGCUAUUACAUCCACAUGCUGCUGCCGCGCAAGACUCAGCGCUCAAACGCAGAGACGCGCAGUGACAAAGAGACAGCGCACGGAGUAUCUCUUCAGUCUUCAGUUACGGACCCUCUGCACUGAAGACCUUAUCCGAACUGCCCUUUUCUGACAGUUUUCCGCCGUGGACAGUGUUUUCCCACGCGAGCGUUUGGUGCUGGAUUCUGUGGGGACGAAACCGGGAAACGCUUCAUGUCAGUUGGAUUUGAAGGCGAGAGAAAGCGCCGCUCACCUCACUCACUCACACGCUGCUAUAGCUCGAGGAAAUCAAGCCAAAGUAUGUUUUCGGUCUGAACUCUGGCUUUUAAAGAGAAAGUUGUUUAGUUUUAAUCAGCUGUUUUAUUUCGUUGUCAGCUUUUUUUAGGAUAUAACUGGAGAUGUUAAACAGCCAAGUCUGGGUUGAAUUUACGCAUCCAGCAUUUUGAAGCACAUCGAUAAAGCAGGCGGAAGAAAUUGUCAUCAGACUCAAGACACAAGUGGAUGAUACAUCAUCAGUGGACAAGAACAUUUUCAAAGAACAUCACAAGAACUUCAGCAUUUCCUCUACAGGCACUGGGUGAACAUCACCCAGAAAAGAUGGAUUUAUUCACAAAGCUCUGUGGAUCUUUACUUGUCUUGUGUGUGGCAUUAGUUUAUGGAGAGGAGGAGCCAUGUGGUGGGCAUUUGGAUGCCAGUGACGCAGGAUACAUCACCACACCCGGUUACCCACUGGAAUACCCACCCCACCAGAACUGUCGAUGGGUGAUCACAGCGCCCGAACCAUCCCAACGUAUCGUCCUAAACUUCAACCCGCACUUUGAGCUGGAGAAACUGGACUGCAGGUAUGACUUCAUUGAGAUCCGGGAUGGGAACUCAGAGAGCGCUGAUCUGUUGGGGAAACACUGCAGUAACAUCGCACCCCCUGCGAUCAUCUCCUCAGGCCCCGUUCUGCACAUCAAAUUCGUCUCUGACUAUGCCCACCAGGGGGCAGGGUUUUCGCUGCGCUAUGAAAUCUAUAAGACAGGCUCCGACUGUUCCAGAAACUUCACCAUUCCGUCAGGUGUGAUCGAGUCGCCCGGCUUCCCUGACAAAUACCCCCACAAUCUGGAGUGCACCUUCAUCAUCAUCGUCCCUCCUCACAUGGACGUCACCCUCACCUUCCUGACUUUUGACCUGGAGAACGACCCCUUGCAGGGCUCGGAGGGCGAGUGCAAGUACGACUGGCUGGAGGUGUGGGACGGCCUCCCGCAGGUGGGACCUCUGAUUGGGCGGCACUGUGGUACCAAAAUCCCCUCUGAAAUACAGUCAUCCACUGGUAUCCUCUCUCUGUCCUUUCAUACGGAUAUGGCCGUGGCCAAAGAUGGAUUCUCUGCUCGCUACAACAUGACUUUCAAGGAGGUCAAUGACAAUUUCCACUGCAGUAAUGCUCUUGGCAUGGAGUCAAACAAGAUCAGCGAUGACCAGAUCUCUGCGUCAUCCUCCUUCUAUGAUGGCCGAUGGUCCCCAAGACAGGCUCGACUUAACUUUGAAGAUAACGCUUGGACGCCCAAUGAGGACAGCAACAAAGAAUACAUCCAGGUGGACCUGCACUUCCUGAAGGUCCUGACAGGCAUCGCCACCCAGGGUGCAGUCUCUAAAGAGACACACAAGUCCUACUUCGUCACCACUUUCAAGCUGGAGGUCAGCACUAAUGGAGAAGACUGGAUGAUCUACCGCUACGGCAAGAACCACAAGGUUUUCCAUGCGAACGUAGACCCCUCAGAGGUGGUCCUGAACCGGAUCCCCCAGCCUGUCUUAGCUCGGCGGAAGUACCGACCCAGUGUUUACAAAGUGCAAACAAGCCCUGGCUGUCAAAUCACGGACGCUCCAUGCUCCGAGAUGCAGGGAAUGCUCUCUGGCCUCCUCCCGGACUCGCAGAUUUCGGCUUCCUCCAUGAGGGACAUCCACGGGGCCACAGGUGCGGCCCGACUGGUGGCCAGCCGCUCAGGGUGGUUUCCCAGUCCCACGCAGCCCGUGGCUGGCGAAGAAUGGCUGCAGGUGGACCUAGGAGUCCCCAAAACUGUACGGGGCAUCAUCACGCAAGGGGCCCGCGGGGUUGAUGGCAGUACCAGUGCGGAGAACCGGGCCUUCGUGCGGAAGUAUAAACUUUCCCAUAGCUUGAAUGGAAAAGACUGGAGCUACAUCAUCGACUCCAAGACCAAUCUUCCAAAGAUUUUUGAGGGUAACACGCACUACGACACCCCAGAGAUCCGUCGCUUUGACGAGAUUGUGGCCCAGUUUAUCCGAGUGUAUCCAGAGAGAUGGUCUCCCGCCGGCAUCGGAAUGAGACUGGAGAUACUGGGUUGUGACUUGCCAGAAUCUACCACCAUUCCUGACACUGCAACGCCUACCCUCCCUCCUCACGAGGAGACAAGUACUGCCCACAGGACACCAGCUCCCACCACUCUCUCGUCUCUGGGUGGUCUGUGUGACUUUGAGCAGAGUAUGUGUGGAUGGACCCAUGACCCCAUGUCCGAUCUGAAGUGGUCUCUGUAUAGUUCCUCCAGUCCUAGUCUGGACCUGACAAUGGGAUCUGACAAUUUUGGAAAUUUCCUAUAUGUGGAGGCGAGUCCUAAGUCAGAGCCGCAGCGUGCGCGGUUAAUGAGCCCGUCUGUGGGACCCGAGCACCGUCCCGUCUGUCUGCUCUUCUACUACCAGCUGCAGGGUGAAGGUCAGGGCAGCCUCCGUGUGCUGCUCCGGGACGAUGACCAGGAGGAGGCGCUGCUCUGGGCGCUGAAAGGAGACCAGGGGCCCACGUGGAGAGAAGGCCGCACCAUCCUGCCUCAGUCCCCUAAAGAAUAUCAGGUUGUCAUCGAGGGUUUCUUCGAGCGUGGCAGUCGAGGGCACAUCUGGGUCGACAACAUCCAUAUGAGCUCCAGCAUCGAGCUUGAGCAGUGUACACAACCCUUCGCUGCAUUCCCCCCUGAAAUGACUGGGGGAGCCUCACCUGGCUGGAGUGACCCCACUGUUGACACGACAGUGUCCCUGCAGCCCAUGCCCACCUACUGGUAUUACGUAAUAGCUGGAGGUGGCGCCAUUUUCCUCCUGGGCUGCGUCACGUUGGUCAUGGUGCUGUGUUGCCAUCGCUACCACCUGGCGGCCAAGAAGAGCCAGCACUCGGUGUCCUACCAGAGCACGUACACGGGACAGUACGCAGGCGGCGGCCCCGGGGGUCUCUCCGGACCUGGGGUGGAGCCAAUGCUAACAAUUAGGUUAGAGAAGCAAGAGCCCUGCUCCCAGUGUUGA